AUGGUUUACAGUAUGGCGCCGUUUCCCUUCCCAAAGAUUGUGGAACUUCGUGAAAAAUACACAUACAACAUUCAUCCGCUUUCAAACAACCUUUCUCCAGAGAAGAGAGUGAAAUUCAAUCAGAAAACAAAGAAUGGAUAUAUUUCCAGCGAUGAUGAGGAUGAUGACGUCAGUCAAUUACAUAUUGGAUGCCUGGGGAUACUCUCGCCGAAGACCACUUCAGAAGGAAGUGCGCAUAAGGUCCGUCAUUCAGGCGGAUAUCCAUUCACUUUGAAUUUUAGUAAACCUACAAAUUGUUCCGAUAAUGUGCCGAGGAGAUCUCGACCGCCUGUUGAUGUGUCUGAUUUAGAGAAAGAGUAUAAUAGGACUAGAAAAAUGCAGCAACAAGCUGUUGUAGUGUUUUCUCAAAGUAACGCAAGUAAAUCUCAAGAUUUGCGUGAAAUACCGCCAGCUAUUAAUCAUCUGUUUGUGGUCACCCGUGCUCGACGCAAUAAAUGGAAAGAACAUUUGCAGAAAGAAAGACAGCGGCAAGACAAAUUACUUCCGGUGCACGAAGAGGAAGAGGACUGGGAACGAGGUCACGUGGAGAAACAUGCAAAUGAACACGUGACUGAUGCUGCUGAACAUUUGGUGGGAUUGUUUAAAGGUGCCACUACAGACGAAAGCCCGCCAUAUGACCAAGAUCGCACAUUGGAAGAAAACCUAGAAGCCAAUUUAGAUAUUGGGGUAUCAUUAACUGAUCAAAACACAUUACCCAAAUCAUUAAAAUCGUCGAAAGAUCUAAACACUUUCAAGAUUGUAAGAUACUCUAACCCAUCAAACAGUUUGAAAACAACGAGGGAUAAAAGUCGAACAAAAGCGGUCAAAACAUCACUAAGCAUAUCAUCCGUCGACCCUUCCUUAGUUUUACCGGACAAAAAGUGCAUAUACCCGGCAAAAUUUUUUCCAUUUCCAGGGACGAGGACAAAAGUAUCGAAUAAUGGACUGUUAUGCAGCAAGCGGACAGAGACGGAGCAGCCAGCCAAGAAACAGUCAUUCAUCAGUGGGCCACCUAUGCCAUGCCAGGCUAGGACGAAUAGAUAA